CUAUGACUGUCACGUGGCAUACGCAUUGCAUGUCAUUUUUCGAUGGAGGUUAAAAUACUGUUGAUCGUAGUACAAUUUUUGCUAUCUCUUUCGACAGAAGUUGAUUGUGAAUGUUCAGGUGGAUGGAUUUCACAUGGAUCAAGCUGUUAUUUGUUUGUUCACCAAAACAGGCAUUGGACAGCUGCUGAGGACUAUUGUAGAAACUUUCAUGCCUAUCUAACAAAUAUUGGCGAUUACUUUGAAAACCAGUUUCUUCGAACACACGUCAAUUUGUAUGGAAAUGGAGCUGAUUUUUGGGUGGGAGCGACUGACGCUAUGGUUGAAGGAGGAUGGAGAUGGAUGCCCGGUUUUGAUCCUAUAGGGUACGAUGACUGGUAUCCAGGACAACCUAAUGAUGACUAUAAUCAGGACUGUAUGCAACUAUGUCAUGAAUUUCACUAUCACUGGGAUGACGAUCAUUGUGAAGAAUCAAAGCCAUUCAUUUGUGAAAAAUCAAUUCCAGGGGAGGUAAUUGGAUAGCGUUCUCGCGAACAACUCAGAGUUUUCUUUUGGUUUGACAACUCAAUAAAUCAAUGGAUU